GCCAUCACAACAUCCCUCCCAGACUUGCGUAGACAUCCACCGCACCGCUCCGAUCCGGCUGACGCCAUGACGAGCAUGUCGUCCUUCCUCGAGCUCUCCCACGAGCUCCUCCACUGCAUCUUCACCGAGAUCGAGCCCGGCGACCUGUCGUCGCUUUCUCAGACUUGCCGAGCACUGCAUAGGUACAUCAGCGGCAACCGGCUGCUCCACAAGGACCUCUAUGUGCGACGAUACGAUGAGCCCAUCGACCACCCUGCAGAGCCCGAUUAUGAAGAGUGGAUGCACCGCCGCGUCAAGCUCGAGAAGCUCUUGGGCACCGACAACAGAGAUGCCAAACGGCAGAACCUCGAGUUCGUAGCUGGCGAGAUUGUCAGCCUCGUGGCAACAGCCGAUAAGGAUCAGGAAGCAAGCAAGAAUAUACAUCUCCUCGGCGAGAGCUUCAAAAGUGCAGACAACAUUGAUACGCUGCUGUGUUCCUCGGCACUUUUUGCGCCAGGCCGAGCGGGCGACAACGAUCAGACGCAAGCUGACACUCCAGAGCUCCGUCAAGCAAGUGCAAAGUUGCACUGUCUCUAUGGCGUCCCCGUCGAACCCUCUGUGUCUCGAAUUCCUUUUCACUCUUUCCUUCGACAUCCCCGAGCAGGACUCGCCUUAUCGCCUUCGUUAUGUACGCGUUCUCACACUCAUGGUCGGAAUACGCACCAAUACGCUCGAAGCAAAGUCUACGACCUGCGAGAGUAUUCAGAUGCCACUCUCUGGGGACCCUUUAUGAAAGAUGGCUCCCACAGAGUCGACUGGGAGAAAGUCGAGGCGAUCAUGAUCGUGCUUGGAUUCAAUUUGAGGCGCUUCACAGACCGCAGCGAUGGCAGGUUCCCACUUGUUUGGAAGCACCCAUUUGUAGGAGCAACUCCAGGCUCAUACAGGACUCCUCCACGUAUCGCACCCUCAGAGAAGAAAGAGUUCGAUGAAGAUGCUGGUGUCAUUCGUGAACUUGCGCUCAAUCUCGAUGCACUAGAUCCAUACGGUGUGACGGGCUCCUGGAUGCGUGUGGUUUGCUUCCUCGACUACAACGACCUCUAUGCGUUCAACUUCAGCGACCGCAUACCAGAAGAUCAACUGCGAGAGCCAAUUGAUACUGAAGAAGCUAUAAGACUGAUACGCAUCAAGCUGCAAGUCACACGAAUCGAUGCGCCAAACGAAAGUGGCAGAAGAAGCUCUGGAAGCACGGCGGCGUUCGACGAAGAUGACUACGAUGAUGACAAUUACGAAACCGAGGAUGAAGAAGAAGCCGAAGAGGACUGGAGUCGUUUUCAAGGCGAGAGACUUCCUGUCGUGCACUUUCGUGGUACGAGUCGCUCGUUGCAUGCCAGCUGGGAUCCCAACGCAAACAGCAGAAUCCGAGGCACAGUCCGACAAACCCCAGAGGGCGAAAUCCGAUGGACCACAUUCUCUAUUUUCCAUGGUGAAGAACGCUGGAGAAGUGAAGGCAUCCAGGUUGGAGGGCUGAAAUCUGGAAGAGGCGUACUAGGUAACUGGUUCGAUAAGGACUACGAUAUGCAUGGCCCAGCAGGUCCCACAGCGUUUUGGAAAGAGAGCGAUGAGCUGGAUGACGAGAAGUCGGAGGGUACGCCGGUCGCUUAUUUCUGACUAUCUACGAUCAUAUCCUGAUGAGCGUUAUAGAAUCAGACUCCGAGACGUAUCUUCCGUGGGUUCAAAGACUUUUGGAUGACAUAGUCUUGGAUAUGGAUGACUGAUUACGAGGCACAGACUUUUCGAUUGAGAACGGAUGUUCAUCAUAGUAGAUGGCAUUGACAGGCAAUAUGAUUUGACAGAGGAUUCGGCCGAAGAAUAUGAUGGCGCACACAUUACAGUAAUGACAUAUCUAGAAUUGAAUGAUUUGCAUACGGCUUGCUUGUUGACAUUCAUUCCCACCGAAGUCGACAUGGGCCACUAAUUGAUUGCUUUACUA